AUGUCACGGCUACCGACAAACAGGAAACAGGCACGUUACCGCUACGACAACCAGGAAACAGGCAUGUUACCGCUACCGACAACCAGAAAACAGGCAUGUUACCGCUACCGACAAACAGGAAACAGGCAUGUUACUGCUACCGACAAACAGGAAACAGGCAUGUUACCGUUACUGACAAACAGGAAACAGGCAUGUUACUACUACCGACAAACAGAAAACAGGCAUGUUACCGUUACCAAAAACAGGAAACAGGCAUGUUACUGCUACAAACAAACAGGAAACAGGCAUGUUACUGCUACCAAAAACAGGAAACAGGCAUGUUACCGCUACCGACAAACAGGAAACAGGCAUGUUACCGUUACUGACAAACAGGAAACAGGCAUGUUACCGCUACCGACAAACAGGAAACAGGCAUGUUACCGCUACGACAAACAGGAAACAGGCAUGUUACCGCUACCGACAAACAGGAAACAGGCAUGUUACCGCUACGACAAACAGGAAACAGGCAUGUUACCGUUACCAAAAACAGGAAACAGGCAUGUUACCACUACAGACAAACAGGAAACAGUUAUGUUACCGCUACCAAAAACAGGAAAUAGGCAUGUUACUGCUACCGACAAACAGGAAACAGGCAUGUUACCGCUACGACAAACAGGAAACAGGCAUGUUACCGUUACCGACAAACAGGAAACAGGCAUGUUACGGCUACCAACAAACAGGAAACAGGCACGUUACCGCUACGACAACCAGGAAACAGGCAUGUUACCGCUACCGACAACCAGAAAACAGGCAUGUUACCGCUACCGACAAACAGGAAACAGGCAUGUUACUGCUACUGACAACAGGAAACAGGCAUGUUACCACUACCAAAAACAGGAAACAGGCAUGUUACUGCUACCGACAACCAGGAAAUAG